AUGCCCGUCCGUUCGAUUGCCAAGUGUGCCACUGGAUCGCGAGCUUGCAAAAGUUAUCAACUCGCUUCUGCCGUUACCGACCCGUUGUUGACCCGUUGCAGGCCCCAUCGACCACCGUGCCCGCCAAUCACAGCCGCCCAGACAGCGCCGAGAGGCAAGGUCCGAGGCCUGGUCCGAGGCCUGUCUGGCCUGGCGCCGCGGGGCCCACAUCCCAGCUCUCAACAUAUUGCCAUCUUCAAAAUUCCCGUUACCUGCCGUUACCCACUCAGUGCUAGGGUCAGGUCUCAGGUACAGCACCCCCAUCUUCACAGACUUUGCGGCGACCAACACAGAUACGUAGCACGACCGCCCACGCACAUCGUCGUCGUCGUCGUCGUCGUCCUUGUUGUUGUCGUCGUUGUCUUUGGGGUUGUGUGCUGUGUCGAAAGCGUUGCCUCCCGAUCCCUCGCCUUCCUCUUCCCGUACUAUCUCUCAUCGACCGCCAGAGAGACCAAACCCGCAUUGCCGCCCAUCACCAUCUCGAAAUCCUCGCAGCGCAGAUUUGACCUUCUCUCUAUCUUCCCCCCCAAGGCGAUAUCCCAACAAGCACACGACAUUACACCUAGCCCUCGUCGCUAG